GUGAUCAAAAGUGGAAUUACCUUCAAUCCCCAAUUCUCUCUACAAGGAAAAGGAAUGUCUAAAAGCUCCAUCUGAUCCUCAAACGACACCUCUUGGCUUCAAAACGACGCGAGUCCGUCACUCCUCUCAGACUCACCAAGGCAUGCUUUUGUAUACUCCCUCUCCCCUUCUUCGUCUACUUCCUCGUCUGCGGCUUUUAGACCUUUGCAUCCUAUCCGAUAAAGACGUUGACUUUCGGUCUCCAGAGGAGGAGAAAUGGAUCAAUCAGUUCUUGAUGACAUCAUCAAUCGUCUGCUUGAAGUUCGUGGUCGUCCGGGUAAGCAGGUUCAGUUAUCGGAGUCAGAGAUCCGCCAGCUAUGUGUAGCUUCUAAAGAAAUUUUCUUGCAGCAGCCUAAUUUAUUGGAGCUUGAAGCACCCAUUAAGAUUUGCGGCGACGUGCAUGGUCAAUAUUCUGAUCUUUUGAGGCUUUUUGAGUAUGGUGGUUUACCUCCUCAUGCCAACUAUUUGUUUUUGGGGGAUUAUGUGGAUAGAGGGAAACAGAGUUUAGAAACAAUAUGUCUUCUCCUGGCUUAUAAAAUAAAAUAUCCUGAGAACUUUUUCCUUUUGAGAGGGAACCAUGAAUGUGCUUCUAUAAAUCGAAUAUAUGGAUUUUAUGAUGAGUGUAAGGGAAGAUUCAAUGUAAGGUUAUGGAAGACAUUUACAGAUUGCUUCAACUGCCUGCCAGUGGCGGCCCUUAUUGAUGAAAAGAUUCUGUGUAUGCAUGGGGGACUUUCACCUGACUUGCAUAGUUUGGAUCAAAUAAGAAAUCUACAGAGACCCGCAGACGUGCCAGAUACAGGUUUGCUUUGUGAUCUCCUUUGGUCAGACCCAAGCAAAGAUGUUCAAGGCUGGGGAAUGAAUGACAGGGGAGUUUCGUAUACAUUUGGUGCUGAUAAGGUGUCAGAGUUUCUUCAGAAGCAUGAUUUGGAUCUUAUAUGCCGUGCUCAUCAGGUUGUGGAGGAUGGAUAUGAGUUCUUUGCUAACAGACAGCUUGUAACAAUAUUUUCAGCUCCUAAUUAUUGUGGGGAGUUUGACAAUGCUGGUGCUAUGAUGAGUGUUGAUGAGACAUUAAUGUGCUCUUUCCAAAUACUAAAGCCUGCUGAUAAAAAACCAAAGCUCAAUUUUGGAAGUACAACCACUGCUAAGCCUGGAAAUUCUCCAGCAGGUGUCAAGUCCUUCCUGGGUAAAGUUUGAAAUCAAUUUUGGUGGAAGAUUGGCUGGUUCAACAGGUCAGCUUGGUCUUUAACAUGUAAUUGCUGCAAGAAAAGGAAACUUGAGUUCGAUUUGGUCUACUAUGAUAUGUUGGAAUUGUAAAAAAUGAAGGGUAACACCAUCAUGAACUAAUGUAAACCAUUGUUGUCGCUGGUACAAAGAUGGAUUACAAGAUGGGGUCAUAAUCUCUUCCUUGUGCGCUAGUAGCAGGUAUAUGUUCUGAAAAUUGUAAGCUUCUCAGUUCUCCACGGAAGGUGAAUUCAGCAGCAUUUGUUGGUGAGAACCAUUUAAAAAUGCUCAUGCAACUGGCCUUAUUGAUGGCACUUCAAGCUGGCGAAACAAUUUGGUUGAAUUUUUUCUUUUGUUUUUCUUUUGGGGGGCUCUGUUCUCUUUCCGGGUUGCCUCUUUGUUUUUGUGGAAAGCCAGGAUUUUUACUUACUUUGGAACCUCUGGAAAUUGAUUUCGAGGCAUUGGAAAUUUGGAGUUUACUUCAUCCGAGACAAAAAGGUUUUGGUUUCUGGCAAUUUUGCGAUGUCUCUGCCAUCACAUCUGUGAAGAUGUUUCCUCAGCGGAAGUGGGGCUUCUGUUCUUCUAAGGAGCGUGAGUUAGACGCCCAGGACAAGAGACCUGAGGGUAUACUGUCCCAGCCCUGCAGUCAACCCAGAGAUGCUUCUUAAUUUCUUCGAACAGGAUAGAGACUUGGAGAAUUAGAAGCUGUGCCUGUUCAGUUUUGGCAAUUUACUGAAGAAAGCAUGACCUAGUCGACCAUGAUUCCGUUGUCGUCUGCGGAAUUGUAGUGCCUUCCACUGGAUUCCAUUAACUUGGCCGAGUAUGCUUGUUUUCAUUCCACGGCUAUUUUAACUCGUUUGGUUUACAUUUUCUAGACCGUGUAUCUACUUUCGAUAGAGCCAUCAAUUACAGGCUUGACCUUUUUAAGCUGAAAAAAUUGAAGGCUGAGCUA